UCACCAUCCUCCAGCUCGUCCCGUCGGCCUCAGUAUCUCUCCUCGUCCGGUUAACAACCUUCUGCUUGGCACAGAACUUACCGAUAACUGCAAGAUAACGACGUCGAGAAGAUGCCCAGUGUCACGGUUAAGGACGUCAACCAGCAGGAGUUCGUCAGAGCUUUGUCUUCCUUCCUCAAAAAGUCUGGGAAACUGAAGGUCCCAGAGUGGGUGGACACAGUGAAGCUGGCCAGGCACAAGGAGCUGGCCCCGUAUGAUGACAACUGGUUCUACAACAGAGCAGCAUCGAUGGCCCGUCACCUGUACCUGCGGGGGGGAGUGGGUGUGGGCGCCAUGAUUAAGAUUUACGGAGGGCGCCAGAGGAAUGGUGUGUGCCCGGCCCACUUCAGCGUUGGGUCGAGGAACGUGGCCAGGAAGGUUCUGCAGGCACUGGAGGGGUUAAAGAUGGUGGAGAAGGAUCCAAACGGAGGACGCAAACUCACAGCUCAGGGCCAGAGAGACCUGGACAGGAUCGCUGGUCAGGUUUCCUCUGCGAGCAAGAAACAGAAAACACUUCAGAGUGCGCCCUAGAGGGAUCCAUAGUGAAGCUCCCCCUCUGAUGCAUGAAUGUCUUAUGUCAGCCACACAAGUGCCAAUCUGUCAUGUGAGACGCAUGUGAAGCAACUCUUAUUGAAGGAAUGGUGAAUAUCUUUAUUGUCAUUCACGUGGAGAAGUCACCAUCACAACCAAAUAAAUACUUGGACAUGACCCAAGUGUGUGUUCAGUUGUUGCUCAUCACGCUGCUGAUCCAGCUGUUGUAGCGGCACACACGAGCAUAGACGCUGGGGUGACCCUGCAUGGCACAGUCGUACCCCCAGGAGACCAC